CACAGCGUAUGCAAUGUCGUCUAACCGCCUUCUGUUGCUUGAACAGGUAAUGCUGAUCGCCGCAUCAUACCAGCUGCAUGCGUGGAACCAGUGCGCUAUCGGACCUUUGGACCGUACCAGCAUUCAACUGGACCGUCCUAUCAACUUUACUCUCGGACACGGAGACCACCGGCAAGAGACGGGAAUCACGUCCGGCACUAUAAAUCGGCCACUGUCAAACUACGGCUUCAAUGGGCACGGCGGCACAGCGUAUGCAAUGUCGUCUAACCACCUUCUGUUGCUUGAACAGUGUGCGGGCAGCGCGGGUUCAUUGAUCGACGAGACGGCCGGCUGAGCUUCGCAAGCCUGCGUGACACGCGACGCCCUGACUGAUGGCGCAGGCGAGCGCAGCCACACGAGAAGCUCCGCCACUGACACAUGUGGGCGCAGCUUGCGCAACCGCUGCCCGCUCCACGUGGGCUCGCAAGAAUCGCGCGAGCGCGCGUACUUAAACGCCGUGCACCAGCAGCCCGAACGUAGCUCGCAAGCUUUUUCAGCUAAGAUGACGUCGAUGUGUCUUGUGGCAGUGGUCUUCUGCAUCUCGGCGCUUCAGGCCGUCAGCUCAUUCAGGAUAGUGGGCCAUGCAGUAGGUGGAUCCGAGAUGCUCGAAAGGGGGAAAUUCGACAUCUCAUCGAAAGCAGACCCCUACGAUGGAGCUCAAGGCGACAUGAGAAAACUCACAGAAAAACAGGCCGUCGUUAUGUUUCAAGUAAAACCUGUAAAUGACGACGAAAGCGAAGGAAUGGGCGCAGACAUGAAAGACAUGCCAAUGGCCACAGAGAAGGGCGAUGAGGGUGAGGGCGGAAGGAGUGACCCCGUCAGUGACACCUCCAAGGCCGUGCAGAAGGCAUUGGGAAAUGCCGUGGCUGAGUUCCUUCCAGCCGCCAUGAGCGACACCGAUCGGUGAUCUCUGCUGUUUGAUGUGUAAUAAAGAAGCGCUAC